CCGGAUCCGGACAGGCCCAGCUAGGCCGCUGUAUACAAUCAUGUACGAGCUCGUAGUAUCUUUUUCAGCAGUGCGCAUGCAGUCGGAGUGUGCGCAACGCCCGUUGACAAUGACAACCGUUUCAAGCGAUAUGUCGACAGCUCGAUGGCCUUCGGCUUCGAUCGUCCCACUGCUCCUGCUGAUGAGGCUGCCACCUAGUGACCCUGUCUGUGCACAGUCCGGUUGUUGGAGGAAAGUGCAUGUAGACUACGGUUUGGCUUGGCUGGGGGCCUAACUGGUUUCGUGUCUCGGUUUUUGACUGAUGUCUUCACGAGUCGGUUCAAUCGGUUUUCCGAGGCGGACCUUAUUGCAGUAGAUUCUGCAUCAUUCGUACCAUCUCCAACGCCUCUGGACACCCCGGCCAGAGUAACUUUGGCUGUUGCAAAUCAAUCAUCAGGGUACACCUUCACAGGACGAACCGAGGAAUUGUUUCCCCAAGAAAUUUAUUAUGCUGUCGUCACAUCGCUUCUGUUAGUGGCAUUGGUUUCCUGUGGAACAAAGUCAGGAAUCCCGAGGCACGCUCUGAGUGGUGGAAGAGGAAUCACGGCCAAGAUCUCCUCCUCCUUUAUUCUGAAUCGCUAGACUCGACUUCGCCUCGCACUGGGGCCAGGGGUCAAUCUCCUCACCGCUAGCUGGCGCGUGCCAUGGGUGAGGAGACACCGAAGGAGAAUGGCCCAGUGACAACAGCAGCAGUAACCAACGGCGAUGACCAUGACCGACAGGGUGAAGCUGAGGCCGAUGGAGGUGCAGCCAGUCGGCUUGCUCGCCGCAAGAGUAUCCGUGAUCAAAUCACUGGAAUUGGCGAUCUUGUGCUGCUGGACCCGUUGACCGAAGAGGCACUAUUGACGAAUUUGAGGCGGCGCUAUUCUAACGACGAGAUCUAUACAUACAUUGGCUUGGUGGUCAUCUCCAUCAACCCCUACAAGUCUCUGAAGGCAUACUCAAGCGAUGUUGUACAGGAGUACCGCAGUCGCAGUGUCUAUGAGACCAAACCACAUAUUUAUGCUAUUGCUGACUCUGCAUAUCGGUGGCUCCGUGACAAGCAUCAGAAUCAAUGCAUCAUCAUCUCUGGAGAAAGCGGAUCAGGAAAAACUGAGGCUAGCAAGAUUGUGAUGCGCUAUGUGGCAUCUGUGUGUGGCAAGGAGAAGGAGGUCGAUCGUGUGAUGCAAAUGUUGCUGCAAUCAAAUCCACUCCUGGAAGCGUUUGGCAAUGCGAAGACAACUCGGAAUGACAACUCUUCAAGAUUUGGCAAAUACAUGGAGAUUGAGUUCAACUUCAAAGGAGAGCCGCUGGGUGGGGAGAUCACCAACUAUCUACUAGAGAAGUCCCGACUUGUGGCGCAGGCGGAAGGAGAGCGGAACUUCCACAUCUUCUACCAACUGCUGGCGUCAGCGGCCGUCUCGCAGCUACAGGGUUUGCGCUUGAAGCGUGAGUUGGACGCAUACCACUACUUGAGAGGCGCUGGUGGUGUGCGGGAAGAGAGCGAUAUCAAUGACAAAGCAAACUUCAAGGAUGUGGAGUUGGCGAUGGUUGCUGUUGGACUGAAGAAACCGGAGAUGCGUGCUAUCUUCCGGCUUAUUGCCGCCGUUCUCAUACUCGGCAACAUUUCCUUCAGCAGCGUCGAGAGGGCAGACGAAGAUGAGGCGUGUGAACUGAACGGCCGACAAGCUGUGCAAGAUCUUGGCUUCUUACUGGAGGGUGACGAGGCCAUACUCGAGAAAGCGCUGACGGAGAAGACGGUCGAUACGCUGAAGGAACAGGUCACGGUUGCUCUGUCGGUGGAAAAGGCGAUGUUCGCGAGAGAUGCUCUAGCGAAGGCUCUUUACGGACGCAUGUUCAACUGGCUCGUUCAUCGCGUCAACAACAGUAUCAAGGUCACGGCUGCAGGCAAGAGAAAAAGCAUUGGUGUACUGGAUAUCUAUGGUUUUGAGAUCUUCAAGCUCAACUCGUUUGAGCAGUUCAUCAUCAACUAUUGCAAUGAGAAGCUGCAGCAGAUCUUCAUAGAACUGACGCUACACUCCGAGCAGGAAGAGUACGAGCGUGAGGGUGUCAAGUGGGAACACAUUGACUACUUCAACAACGUCGUCGUCUGUGACCUGAUCGAGAAGCCAAACACGGGUGUAUUGUCUAUUCUGGACGACGAGUGUCUGAGACCAGGAGAGGUGUCUGACAUGACGUUCCUGCAUAAGAUGGACCAGCGCUGUCUCAAGCAUGAGCAUUAUUCAAGUCGUGCCAGCAAGCAACUACACAGCGACAAAACCCUACCCAGGAACGCAUUCCGCAUCAAGCACUAUGCAGGAAACGUUGCGUACUGUGUGGACGGAUUCAUCGACAAGAACAAGGACUCACUGCAUCGCGAUCUCUCCAGGGCCAUGUACUCGUGUGAUCAUCUGCUUCUGAAGUUGUUUUUCAUUGAAGGCGACCCAGAGAACAAGUCUUUGAAGCGCGCCCCCACAGCCGGCUACCAGUUCAAGGCGUCUGUCAGUGAGCUGAUGAAGAACCUGACCAGCAAGAAUCCAAACUACAUCCGAUGCAUCAAGCCGAAUGACUUGAAGAAGCCCAACAAGUUUGAUGAUGAUCUCGUUCUUCACCAAGUGCGUUAUCUUGGCCUGAUGGAGAAUGUUCGUGUUCGGCGAGCUGGCUAUGCCUUUCGUCAGGCUUACAACUUGACUUUAGAAAGAUUCAAGAUGCUGGCGCCAAAGACCUGGCCAAUGUGGAAGGGACCUCCACGACAAGGUGUUGUGGAGAUCAUGAAGCACCUUAAGAUCACUAACAAGGAGUACGCUUGCGGUCGGUCGAAGAUCUUCAUCCGCAAUCCGAAGACUGUGUUUGAUCUUGAGGACCAGCGUCGUGAGUCGUUGAACCGCAUUGCAACGCUGAUUCAGACUGUAUACCGUGGCUAUGUUUGCCGCACCAGGUUCCUGGCACUGCGCUGGGCCACCAACAUCUUUGCCAGCAACUGGAAGUGCUUGCUGCAACAAAGACAGUUCCUGGCAUUACGGUGGGCAGCGGUCAUGUUCCAGUCAUACUACCGUGGACUUGUGGAGCGCCGCAAGUACAAUGCCAUUAUCUAUGGCAGGAAGUGUGAGUGGGCAGCCACCAUCAUUCACAAGUACUAUCUUGGAUGGAAGGUCCGAAAAGAGAACCGCAAGAAGCUGAGAAGCGUGGCCGGACCAAUCUUAACACGUUGUGCGCGGAAAUGGCUGCGUCGGCGGUUUCUAUUCAAUCUUCGUGCCAACUUGCCGUCUUCAUCACCAACGCAUCAAGAAUGGCCACCGUGCUCGCCUCUGUUCAGAGAUGCCUCCAAGCUGCUGAAAGACCUGCAUCACACGUGGCGGUGUUCACUGUACCGGCAAAACAUGGAGGACAAUCCGCGCAGGAAGGCCAUUUUCCUGGAGAAGCUUGUAGCCAGCAAAACCUUCUCCGGCCGCAAGGCAUGCUACGUGGCCAGUGUUGGCAAGCCAUUCGUUGGCGAUGAACUGCGACUGGCUAACGACUCGAGAUGGAUGACGAUUGCCGCGGCAACGAAUGACCCACUGGUGGUGUGGUCAGGAACUGUGAUGAAAAUCCACCGAGCCAGUGGCACAUGCGUGCCGAAAGUACUGGCCAUUACCAGCAAAGCGUUCUUAGUGCUGGACCCGAAGACGAUGAAGUCGACGUACCGCGUCUCCCUGCUCAACCUGCUAGCCGUAUCGUGUAGCACGCUCAAGGACAACAUUGUUGUUUUCCACAUCAAGCCAGGUAGUGAAGGUGAUGCUGCAAAGAAGGGCGACUUCCUGUUCCAGGCACCGCGGGUUAUUGAGCUGGUCACCAAGGUGAAGAGGGUAGCACAGGACAUCCAGCGCGCUGCAUUCACUGUCAACAUCAGCAACCAGACUGAGUUUCGAGUGAAGGAGCAGCAAGUGCAGCUGAACUUCAAGCCAUCACCGCAGCGCUUGGAUGCGCCCCUCUGCAAGAGGAAUGGCGCCAAGAUGGAGGUUCUGGUAUGAGCCUGGUUAUGCGGUUAUGCAUGCGAGUGCGGCUAAUGUUGGUGUUUGAUGAACCUGCACUGUAGUGCAUCGCUCCUUGCCCCUUGGACUGACACUGGGUGUUUCUACUUGAGGCACUGAUCAUGCCUACUAGCCCCGCCUCCACGUGUGGCUGAGCGCCUGUGUACCCAGCAGCAUACACCGGCAGACCAUGGUGCGGCGUAUUCUGCAACCUAGUAAUUUAUCCUGGACAGUGUACAGAUUGGGCACGUAGCCCAAACAUGACUCAUGACUCAUACCCCCCCCCCCAUCUCUCCAUUGUACAUAAUACCCCGAUCAGAUCUGAUCAGAACCCUAUAUUAUGCCAGAUCCAGUGCUGUUAUGACUGUUCACGGUUAGAGGUCUGAACGUAUCCACGUCAGCCUGUGAAUUGCACGAGUCGACUCUUGUUUGUCCGACUCGGGGCUCCCGUACAUUACAAUUUUAGUUUUUGAAGACAAGCAUUUCUUGUUUAUCAAGUUAUUUAGGUGUGUGGCUAGUACUGCUUGCUAGUACUGAUUACUAAGCAUUUUUUCACCAGGAACGUUAAUCAGUUUUCUUUCUGCAAUGGCCCUACACCUCCCAGUUUGUGCGAGUAGUUUGUCAUCGUAUGACCUAUGUACGUGGUCAUUGCUGCCGGGAAUGGAUGGCAAUGCCGGGAUGCAGAUGAAUAGGCUCUUGCUGGCACAAGAGCUCCAUGCUGUAUACGAGUCGCCUCAGCCUGUGCUGUGCACUGCUGAGAAUUUGCUUGUUGAACUUUCGUUUCCUCCUUCCCCGAUUAUUUCUCAGGCUUGGGCAAAGUACUUAUUUUACAUCAUAUUUUAUCAGAUUUUGUACAGAUUAUUUCUCGUUUCUAUAUUAUCAUGACUCCUGGUUCGACCAGUCAUGGCCCGCAGUCUGAGCCACAACUCAGCCGGUUGUACCGAGCCAGGCGACCAACAAAAUAAUAAAAACUAUUUCUUGGCUUUA